CCACCACCACCACCACCACCCAAGCCGUCAGAGGAAACUGGAAUGCACUGACAAAAACAGUCUCUUGUCCCUCUCUCUCCACCUGUCUCUUGGAACACAACCUCGCUCACGUUCUUCGUUGUCCUAGAGUGCCUUGGGAUCUGUGGAUUAAACGAGCUAGUUUAACAGGAAAACACACAUUCCCUGCUAAGUUACAAAGAUUUAACCAUUGUGACACCAGCUAUGCAAAAGGGGUAUGAGACCAGUGUGUGAGGAGUGAAGCAAUGUGGGAAUCAGUUGUGCGAUGGACUUCAGAUUAGCUUCUAGCGGUGAGGGCUUGUCAAGAUGCUUCAGUCUCGUGCUGUCAACACACAGGUGCAGCGCGCUUCCUCGCUUCAUGGCCGGUGUCCCACCUUCUGUGGCCUAGCAACCUGGUGAGCCUUCCCUGGAGCUCGUGAUAAACCAUCAACUCUGCCACAAUGAGCACCAGCAUCAAGCUACCAGUUGUGUACGGGUGUCUGAUGGUGUUCAUGGUGUUAGUGGUGUUCUUCGAGGCCAAGUUGGAACAGCUAAUUGACCUGUCCCACAUCAGCGCCUGGGACGGGGGAUACUUCAGAUCACCCAAAAUCUGGAAUCCUCCGAGGCCACAAUACCUAGAUCCUGUCCAUGAUGGUGGUGUGAACAGGACCAAGUUCGAUGCCCCGCCUCCUGUGUACGUGAAGGCCAUGCCCAAUGAGUUCUUCAAGACCGACAUCGGCCUUGACCCUCGACAUCCCCCCUUGAAGACCAUCUUGAUCUGGGUUGACGGUUAUGGUGCCAAGACACUGUCGUAUGGAUUCGGACGCGCACCGUUCCAGAAGGCGAAGUGUGAAGUUGACACCUGUAUGGUGACUGCCAAUCGCUCCUUCGUUCCCCUGGAGGAGUUCGACGCCCUGGUCUUCCACUUCAGGGUGUUGGAACCACACGGUUUGCCUAAAAGGAGGUCUCCACAUCAACGCUGGAUAUUUUGGGAGGUGGAGUCAGCCUCGUACGUGUACCAGAGCCCGUCCAUCUACAACGGACUCUUCAACUGGACGAUGACUUACAGGACGGACUCUGAUAUACCUUAUCCGUACGGGCGCACGUAUGCCAUCUUGCCGUCUGUGGUGCCAGCUGUGGUGCCAGCUGUGGUGCCAGCUGUCGCCUCGCCACACAGGAACUAUGCUGACGGAAAGACGAAAAUGGCAGCCUGGUUCGUGUCUAAUUGCUUCUCUAUCUCACGUAGAGAGAAGAUCGUUAGGUUCAUGAAGAAAUUCAUCCAGGUGGAUGUGUACGGGAAGUGCGGCCCUCUGAAGUGCUCUCGCGAAAACACUACAGAGUGUUACAAGAUGUUGGAGAAAGACUACAAGUUCUACCUCUCCUUUGAGAACUCCCUCUGUCGAGACUACGUCACUGAGAAGCUGUUCUCUGUCCUCAGGUACGACGUUGUGCCCGUGGUCCUGGGCUUGGGGGACUACGUCAACAUCGCUCCUCCUCGCUCCUUCAUCAACGCUGUGGACUUCAAGAGCCUGCAAGACCUAACAGCCUACCUUAAGUACCUAGACACGAAUGACACGGCUUAUAAUGAAUACUUUAGGUGGAAAGAUCACUACGUAGUGGACGACGGGUGGUCGAGCACAGCCCACACCUUCUGCAACCUGUGCAAGAAGCUUCACCAAGACACAACACCAAAGGUCUACACGGAUAUGAGACAGUGGUUCGUAACCAACGGUGGCUGUAAGAAGCUUGAUAUGAAGUCCUGGUUCACGACAGUCAACUGACACUCUACGGUCAAUAUUUUAUGAAGAUAACCUCGAGGCUGUGAACAAGGUGUGUGUGGUUGUUGACCAGAAAGUUGGUGAUCCAGGUGACGAUAAUAUUUUGAACAAUAUUAGCACGUCUCUUCCACAUCCAGUGAUGAUGCGUUGUGCACCUCAUUAAAACUAACAAGGUUAAUGUGGAAACGGUUCAGAAUAGCCAUAUUUGUGCGAUGCUCAAGAAUUGUUAUAAUCCAAAGAAAAUUUGAUGAAACUUUGAACCUAGAGAAAGAUUGUUUACAUAUGACUCUGGGUGCCAGGUUCUGCACUUCUGAUGCCAAGUGAUGUGGCACUUGUCGGAAGUCAAUGUCAUGAAAACACACUCACAUUGUCUUAGCAUUAUUGCCAUAGAGACUGAAGUUGUUUACCCGACAGUUGAAAGCUCUGAAUAAUAGGCAAGAAAAUAAGCUUACAUUAAAACAAUCAAUUCCUGUGAUCACUUGUCUUGACACUUCUACCCAAAGAAAUAUUUAAGGAGGAAAAAGACAAUUUGUUACUGUUAAAUAUCAAAUUUUUAUAGAAUUAUCAUAUUAAAAGUAUCUAUUUUUGCCCAAAAA